AACACUUUCCCUCGACCAUCUUAAAUGCCAGAGUCAGCCAAACCGCUGAUAUCCUGAACACUAGUAACUUUAAAGCCCCACUAGAUUUCUCAGUCCAAUCCCCAGUUUUGGACACAGAUGGAGAAGCGAAUUGCCAUUGUUGGUGCUGGAAUCAGUGGCUUACUUGCAUGCAAAUAUGCAAUGGAGAAGGGCUUCAAUCCCAUUGUCUUUGAGGCCAGGAGCAGCAUAGGAGGGGUUUGGUCUCAAACAAUUGAAUCCACCAAGCUACAAACUCCAAUAUCCUACUACCGUUUUUCGGAUUUUGCAUGGGCGUCGUCUGUGACUGAGACUUUCCCUAACCACAACCAAGUGAUGGAGUAUCUUAAAUCCUAUGCCCUUCACUUCAACAUCCUCCCUCAGAUAAGAUUCAGCUCCAGAGUCAUCAGUAUAGACUAUUUCACACCCCGCAGUGAAGAUUUUCCUUCUUGGGAUCUCUGGGGUGGCACUGGUAAGCCCUUCUCACCUACUGGAAAAUGGAACAUCACUGUGAAGGUCACCAGGCAUCCACUGAUGGUGACUCAGGCAAGGAUAGAACUUUAUAUGAUGUUUCAUUUAAUAAGUUAUCUUUCUGGGGAAAUCAAAUUUAAGCUUUUCUGAAUGGGGGUUUCUACUGAUCUGUUUAUUUUAGUAGAAUUUUUGCUGAAUAUAUUUGUUAUUGGUUUAUUGCACAAUGUGAA